AUGAAUGGAGAAAACAAAGAUUCAGUGGGGGGACAACAAGGGGAAGAGGCUAAAAAGAGGCAAGAGAGAGUGGACCUACGAGAUAAUGUGGUGGAACAUGAGCAAAUGGUCAAAGGACUCGGGCAAAAGUUUGAAGUGACACAUGCUCUUUGGCUGCACAAGCCAACUAGGACCUUCCAAACAAGCUUGGAUAAUGAAUAUGAUCCACUCGACCGAUUUGACACCAUAGGAUCUAAAUUACAAGGUCAGCUUUGGGAUAUCAUGGAUGUGCUCCCUGUCAAAUACCAUGAUGAUCUUCAAAAAUGUUGUUCCGUGAUGGAAUGCAAGAACAAAGGUCAAAUAUGGCUAGUCGUCUUCGAGCUCGAGGCGCAGCUAUAUUUCAAUGUACUGAAGGAGACUUAUGAGUAUCACAUCAACUAUGCAGGCAAGUUUGACGUGAAAAGUGUAUUUUUGAACCCUAUUCUUCAGAAAACAAUUAGCUGCAUAAUACGAGGGCCCGCAUCUGUGAUCUUGAUGAACGAAGGGGAGCCAUCUCGUGCUACCAGAAACAACGAAACAAUGGACCUGAAAUGGGGGUUAGACCAUACUACACCAGGCAUGAUUGCGGCCUCUGCUGUUCUGGCUCGCUGGACUUUAUCUCCAGAUGACUAUUUCAAGGAGAGAGGGGCCGAGUCAGGUAUUCAUUGGCAUGAAGACUUCGAUAACUACCUGCAAUUCCUCUUAAGCGGCCUGAAAAAGCAAAAACAGAGUGUACUGCAUAUUUUUCGGCAGUGGGAUAUGGCUCUUUUCCCCAACACUGAACACGGGCUUGCUGGCCAGUUGACUAACACAGGUAGAGAUCAACUGAUGCAGAGUGUGAUGGCAGCGCUCGAUGAGGACGAGGAUGAGCUUGCCAAGGAGCAUAGUGGGGCUGGAGAGAGUGCUCACGAGGACAAAGGGGAUAGUGAUAGAGAAAAAAGCAACAAUCUUGAAGAGGUUGAGCAAGCACAUGGACUUGGACUCAGACUUGACCAAUCAGAUAUCUAA